AUGUUUGAUAUCACAGAAAGAUCAGAUUGUUACUGUUUUCGUGUGAGAACAGAAGAACCCUUGAAGCCAAAAUGGAGAGAUAUCUUGAAAUUCAAUGUGAAUGUUACUAAUCAACGCUACACAUAUUAUUCCUCUCCUAGUCGACGACUUAUGGGGCCAACAAUCUUAUUCGGGAACUUGGUACCUAUAACUUGCGAAGGUUUCAUAGAACACAAUCAUGGUUUUCUACGAAGUGUUUUAUGGCCCUCUCCUGACGACAUCCCAGAAUGCUUGGACCAAUUAGCAAGAAGGAUUGCUUUUCGGGUUCGAGAACACUUGAAGGUUCAGACUAACACUUGUGCUGAUGAUUCAGAGUGUAGAGAAUUUCAUUUGGAUUUAGAUAUUUUCAUAGUCUCGGUGCAACAUGAUGAUGAAGCCAUUGAGAGCGAUGAUGAAGAUGAUGAUGAAGAGGAUGAAGAGGAUGCAGUGAUAGAAGAGUCGAUGCAACAAGGUGUGAGGAUGGUUCCAGCCUCCAAAGAAGCCAUUGAGUCAUUGAAAGCAUUCACAGUCGACUCAUCGUUCUUGAAAAUAGAAAAAUGUAAUAUUUGCAUGGACAAGUUUCAAGAUGAAUAUGGGAAUUCUUUGUCUUUGUUGUCAAUGCCAUGCAAUCAUGUGUUUCAUGGUCACUGUAUUGUCAAGUGGCUGCAAACCAGUCACAUGUGUCCUUUGUGCCGUUAUCCUAUGCCCAUUGCAAAGGACGACUAA